CGAGUGAUAUCAAAUGCAUUCGUGUUGGAUAAAUAGACUAUGGUAAGUUGCGAGCUCUUUUCCUUUAACCCGGAAGCGCAGCGAACCCAUCGUAGAGACUUCCCCUCGCCUUAUAUACAAUUUUGAACAAUUGGUGGCAUUAUGGAACCGGCUUGCCGCUCGCGACUGACUGUAUUAUUCCGUUGCCCUUGAAGAUUUGUAUGCUUAUCCUGAGAUGGUCAUCCACCGUGGGGUAUCAUACAAAUAAUCCAUGCGCCGAUGUGUGCUAACCACACUUAGAGUUGCAUAUUAGCAUUAUUCGUCUGCGAGUCUGAUUCCGCCAAUAGAGAGAGCGGAAUGCAUUAGUCUGAUUGGUUCAUCUUUAGCGCCAUGUAGGGAAAUUCGGCACUAUCAACGCUGCGGAGGAUAUCAGGAGUCCGGGGUCCGGUAUCGCAUCAUCACGAUACUUGUGCCCUUGCUCCAGCCGUACUGAGAUCUCGCGAUACUGAACCCUCGUACACGCCGAGAUCGCCAAAACUGCUCCAACGCUUAGUCGCCGUGUGUAGCGAUUCCAAUCCCUUCAGGGCUUUGCAUGGGGAGCGCAUCGGCGUUGGCCAUCCCAAGGCUCUCAUGUCUUUGUCUUCUCCCCUCCCUCCCUCGUUCCUGUCUUGUCUCCAUCCCACAUCCUCCUUCACGAUAACCAACAACGACAAUUUCUCCACGCAGCGAUCAAAGUGAGAGAAACAAUUAUCGAAAUGGCGCCCAAUAAAAAGGAUAAAGGCAAACAGAAAGCAGAUGAUAGUGGAAAGGUUGACGGCGAGUCGUCUUGGUUUGUAAGUUUUCUCCCGAUAUCGUUUUUUGUUCUUGUUUCUUCGAUCGUCCCUGUAUUAUGCGGAGUUGGCGAACGGACCUUGUUCCGACGGUCGUUGGCCCUUGCGCUUGUACUCGGCGCAUUUAUAUUUAAGGUUAAGUUGUGACGGUUGGGGGAGGGAGGGGAGAGAGGGAGAGAGAGAGCAAACGUGGUUUACACCAGAAAGAUUGGCUAGGGCCAGAUUUUUCUUUCUCUCCAUGUGUCUCACUGUCUUACUGUCUUGGGAAAAAUUUUCUCGGCGUUUUGUUUCAAAAUAUUAGAGCUUGACUAAUGACAUUUAAUGUUUAGGGGCCGAGCUCUGAGUUUAGAGAGGAGACCUUGAUACCUCUUGCGGAGGCUCAGGGCACAGACACCGUCGAGAACUCAGCCAGACCUCCCAUUUCUGGAAAGUAUCGGCUCAGAUGUGGUAGUGGCAGAGGGGAAUCCCUUGCCUCCUCCUCCUCAUCUAGUGCACGUGUUAUUGAUAAGCAAAAGGGUGUUCAGCAAGAUCUUCGCGCCCUCGAUUCGGAGUUCGGGGGGGGCCCCGGGCAUAGGAGGAUCCGCUCCGAGAUUUCGGGCUCUUACCAAACCGGGCGUAUGCAAGAUUUGGGUCAAAGAUACUCUGCUACCUUCAAUCAAGACGAAGGGGAUGGUGCCGAUUCGAAUGGAGCUUCAGUUAGGAGAGGCAAGGGCGCUUUCUAUUUCGGGGAUAUCCCACUACCAUCCACCCAUAGAAUCUAUAAAUCGGGUCUCGGUUGGAUCCCCGAGGGUGAAGAAACUAGUUUUCCCUUGGGGCAAGCUGGGUCUGGGUCCUUGGGUUCCGGCGCUGGAAGGAGUGGAGAUUCUAAUAUUGUUCGCUCUAAGGUACAGUGCUCAAUCAGUGGAUCACCUCUACUUGGCUCAUAUUUGCUUUGUUCUUUUUCUCCCUCAUUUCACCUAUUCUUGGUCCUUCUACAGCAAACAUUAUAUUAUUAGCUUAGAACUGACCACAAUUCACAUUUACAGAGCUUCAAUGGUCACCCAUCUAGAUCUUUCGAGUCGGAUGGAAACGUCAAAUUUUCCUCUUCCAGUGGAGGUUGGAGGCGUGAUCAGGGUAAAGCUCUUACCUCUAGUGGCGAUACUAAUUAUAGGGACAUGCCUUCCAAAUCAGGAUCCAGCUCGUAUCUAUCUCGCCCUCCUGCGACUUCAAAGCAGGGGAAUCAGCCUCAUAUGUCCAAUGCAUUGGAAAAUCUAUACUCUAAACCAGACUAUCCCGGCGAACAAGCGGCAGGGGAUUACGUUUCCGAUGCCACUGGCUACGAUGUCUCAUCCGAUGGACCGCUUUUGACUCUUCUAUGCGAUAGAGUUAUCAAGGAGUCUCAGAGGUGCAACGAACUUAGCUCCGAGCUCGAGAGUGCCGGGAGAAGGCUCGCGAGAGCUGAGUACGAAAAUCAUGUACGCGAGAGAGCCAUUGGGGAACUUUCCCUGGAGCUCAGAUUGAUGGGACCGAGGCUGGACUUGAAUGAGGCUCAAAGGAUCGUCCAUAGAGAUGUUGCCUCUAUUCUGGCUUCGGGUGGUACUCCUCCACUCGAUAUUACGCUUGGUGGAUGGACCUAUAUCCGUGUUGGCGAACCUGGAGAGGGUUGGGUAGGAGAUAGUUAUACUCCUGUUCAACCUUUCCCCCCUGGACGUCGCCCUUAUCCAGGUGACCGUCAGCCGUCCCCGACCCUCCCGGCGCCUUCUAAGCUUGCAUCCCGGGAAGGAGAUGGUAGAUCCGCACGUCUUCAGCCGUCUCCCGAGCGUCCCUCCGGUAUGGGCAACUUUCGUUUGUCACCCCCGAACCUUUCUCCCCACAAGCGUCAUACUUGGUCAGGGAAUAGGCGCUCGUCUCCUGGGAAAUCCUCCCCUCGAAAGCGUCUUCCCCGUGAAGGGUUUUUCGUUUCCCCGGUCCGCCCGGUCCACCGCCAUGACGACGCAUCGGCCUCUCCCGGAAUCAGCUACCUCAACUGGCGUGCCGAUGAAGAGGAAAAGCAAAGACGCGCCAAAUCUUAAAGCACGGACCAACCGACCCGAUGCUCGACUACUCUCCUGUAGUCUGACCUAGUGGUAACGCCUUUAACUUUGUUUCGUUGUCUAACUUUGCUGUCAUUGUCCAAGUCUUGUUCUGUAUGCGUCAAAUGUGUCUCAUCCGGCCUACCAUACACUGUACUCUGUUUUCUUUAGUUGUGUGUGUGUAACUGGUCAGGCGUUAACAAUACAAUACAAUGACAAUUCUUUAUAU